AUGCGUGGAGUGGAAGUGGAGGAUUUUCGUACUGAAAAUAUUAUAUCAUGGGAGAUGCUUUGGCAGAUUUUCUUUGGAUUUUUCAAUUCAACCACCUCAAAAACACAAACAAAUGAAUCCUCCGUCCAACCAUUCCGCGGCGCCGACAGAUGGAUCCAUGAUAUUGUG